UCGUGGUGUUGUCAUCUCUCUUUCACCAGAUCAUUCAUCAUGCCCCCAGAAGAUAUAUAUUCAGGCAGGCCCUACAGCCGCCACUCUUCCGCCUCCUCCUCCUCGUCUUCUAGGUGCUCAGCCGGCUCCAGCAGCAACACCGACGAGCACAUGUCGCACAUCAACGCUAUCCGGCCAAUCUACGACUAUGGCUGUGGAGCGGUUUCGGAUGAGGCGGAUGAUGACCAGGGAGUCGUAGAGGCCUAUUGUAACUUGGCAAUUGCUGAGCCUAUGCGGCCAUCGCCAAGAGAAAAGACGGCGGAGAAGAAGAAGCAGGUUGAGAGGGUGAAAGAGGUUGAAGUGGCGAGGAGGUUCCCGGAAGAGGAAGAGGAAGAGAUACUGAAAGAGUCCAACUCUCGAUUUGUCCUGUUCCCCAUAAGGUACACUGAAAUAUGGCACGCCUACAAAUCAGCGCAAGCUAGCUUCUGGACAGCCGAAGAGCUCGACCUGGGACAUGACCUCCACGACUGGCACGGCAAGAUGACAGAGAAUGAGAGGUUCUUCAUCCUCCGGAUACUGGCCUUCUUUGCUGCCUCUGAUGGGAUUGUCUCAGAAAACAUCAUUUCACAGUUUGCCAUGGACGUGCAGAUUGCUGAAGCGAGGGCAUUCUAUGCUUUCCAAGCGAUGAUUGAGCAGGUGCAUUCAGAGACGUAUAGUCUGCUUAUCGAGACGUAUGUGCGGGACGCGGAGGAGAAGGACUUUUUAUUCAGGGGCAUGGAGAACAUCCCCUGCAUAAAAAGGAAGGCGGACUGGGCUCUGAGAUAUAUCACAGAAGAGCUGCCAUUCCGGACGCGGCUCGUCGCCUUUGCCUGCGUCGAAGGCAUCUUCUUCUCUGGUUCCUUUGCUGCCAUCUUUUGGCUCAAGAAGCGGGGGCUGAUGCCAGGGUUGACGUUCUCGAACGAGUUGAUCAGUCGGGAUGAGGGUAUGCAUACAGACUUUGCGUGUCUGCUCUACAACCACCUCACCCACCGCUGCAGUCAAGACGAAGUGCACCGUAUCGUCCAAGAAGCACUCGCCAUCGAGAAAGAGUUCCUUACCGACGCUCUUCCCUGCGCCCUCAUAGGUAUCAACUCGGGUUUGAUGUGCCAGUACAUGGAGUUUGUCGCCGACAGGCUGGUGGUUGAUUUGGGGUACCCCAAGAUCUAUAAUGCUACCAAUCCGUUCGACUGGAUGGAGCUGAUAUCGUUGCAAGGCAAAGCCAGUACGUCCCUGUCAUGUUGACCGGCCUUCCGAGCUGACUCGGCUCGACAGACUUUUUCGAGUCUCGCGUAUCGGCAUACCAGAAAGCCAACGUCUCACGAUCUGCUACACCUUCAGGACAGAAGGGCAAGGGUGGAGAAUCAGUCUCGAGAAGAGUGUUCAACACCGAAGCCGACUUUUAGAAUGGCCUGAUCCAGCUUGUGACAUAUCUUUGUACCGCAUACUUUCAUCACCUCCUCGCUCAUGCUGUAUUGUAUAUCAUAUAGACCACAUAAUCACCCAAUACUGUAUAUAGUCGAGAUUACAAUACUCCCCAUUCGCAUCAUCAAGAAACACCCCAUUCACCCAUUCACCCAUUCACCCAUUCACCCAUGC